UCGCGUCCCUCGCUCGCUCUCUCCCUCUCUCCGGCUUCUACGAUUUUGCAGUAUACUUUCCUCAAGAACGGAGGAGACAAACCCUAGCUCUGCUUGUGAAGGGAACUUCUUGUUCUGCCCAUUCGCUGCUCCUGCUUAUUCCUCGCUAUCGUCCUACGAUGAACUGUGCAAUUUCCGGAGAAGUACCGGAGGAACCGGUGGUGUCAACGAAGUCGGGUUUGCUCUUCGAGAGGCGAUUAAUCGAAAGCCACAUAUCGGAGUAUGGGAAGUGCCCUGUUACAGGUGAACCACUUACCAUGGAUGACAUUGUUCCCAUCAAAACUGGGAAGGUUGUUAAACCUAAGCCAUUGCACACAGCUAGCAUCCCUGGAUUACUAGGAAUGUUCCAAAAUGAAUGGGACAGUUUGAUGCUAUCAAAUUUUGCACUAGAGCAACAGCUACAUGCUGCGAGGCAAGAGCUAAGUCAUGCUUUGUAUCAGCAUGAUGCUGCUUGUCGUGUGAUUGCUAGGCUUAAAAAAGAAAGGGAUGAAUCACGGGCAUUGCUUGCAGAGGCUGAGAGGCAGAUACCUGCAGCACAACAAGCUAUCACUGCUAACGCUGCUCUUACUAACGGGAAACGGGCCUCUGAUGGCGAAGAAUUGCCUGAUGGGAAGAGAAUGCGUCCGGGAAUUUCAGCUGAAAUUAUCACCGAACUAACGGAUUGUAAUGCGGCUCUUUCUCAGCAACGUAAAAAACGACAGAUUCCUCAAACAUUAGCGACACUUGAUGAUUUGGAGAGGUUCACACAGCUCUCAAGUCACCCACUUCACAAGACCAACAAGCCUGGCAUUAUUUCAAUGGACAUUCUCUAUUCCAAGGACAUCAUUGCUACUGGAGGAGUUGAUACUACUGCUGUUCUCUUUGAUCGCCCUUCCGGACAAAUCUUGUCUACACUGAGUGGUCACUCAAAGAAGGUCACAAGUGUUAAAUUUGUUGCUGACACUGAUCUAGUUUUGACUGCUUCAGCCGAUAAGACUGUCCGUGUGUGGAGAGGUUCUGAGGAUGGAACCUAUGACUGUAGGCACACCUUGAAGGAACAUUCUGCAGAGGUGCAAGCUGUUACUGUCCAUGCCACAAAUAAAUACUUCGUCUCUGCAUCGCUUGACAAUACAUGGUGCUUCUACGAUCUGACCUCCGGUUUAUGCCUUGCCCAGGUCUCAGAUGGGUCCGAAAACAUGGGCUAUACUGCUGCGGCUUUUCAUCCUGAUGGUCUCAUUCUGGGAACUGGUACUUCCCAAUCCAUCGUUAAGAUUUGGGAUGUAAAAAGCCAGGCAAAUGUGGCUACCUUUGAUGGACACUCCGGGUCGGGGCCAGUUACUGCUGUAUCUUUCUCCGAGAAUGGUUAUUUCCUCGCGACUGCUGCUGAGGAUGGUGUUAGGUUGUGGGAUCUGCGGAAGCUGAAGAACUUCCGGUCAUUUGAAUUCCCUGCCUACUCCGUGGAGUUCGAUCACAGUGGAUCUUAUCUUGGCAUUGCUGCAUCUGAUAUAAGAGUAUACCAAACAGCCAGUGUGAAAGCCGAGUGGAACCUCAUCAAGACUUUGCCUGAUCUCUCCGGCACCGGUAAAGCAACUUGCGUUAAAUUCGGUCCAGAUGCAAAAUACAUAGCAGUUGGUUCGAUGGACCGUAACCUCCGGAUAUUUGGCCUUCCCGGGGACGAAAAUACCGAUGCUACUGCUGCUUCAGGUUAGGGUAUUACAAUCAAACGCCCCCCGAUUCACUCUCUCGACUUGUUGUGUAUUCUGCGGUUUCUCCCCGUCUGGCUUUUCCCCCGGGGGACGAUGUCUCGGGUUGUUACAUCAUCAUGAUUCAUCAUCAUCAGCAGCAGCAACAUAUGUUUCUUAACCUCCGCAGCUGAGCUGAAUUUCUGUCUCAACCAACUGAAAGUUUGGAAAAACACACUUUCAAAACGUUGUAUUUUGUCUGAGACUAGUAAGAUCUCUAUCGCUCGCAUUGCAUUGGCAGAAAUCGACGUUAACCUUCACCCGCUUGGGGUAAAAGUUAAUAGGUAAACCUUUGGGAUGAAACUGGUGUGUUCUAUUUGUUGAGUUUUGACAUGUGUGACAGAUAGCCUGAUGGUAAGUGUUCUUAAA